CAGACAAAUAUUGAAAUCUCACAAGAGCAAGAUUUUUCGUAAGUUGCAAAUUUAUAUAUAUCAAUGGUAAUGAUUUGGAAUGUUUUACUUUAUACGUGCCUCAAUAUUUUAUGGGUCCUUAUUUUUCUUCUUUUUUUGAGUUUAUUUGUUGAUUUAUAAAACAUGAUUGACAGUUUCUGUCAUAACUUUUAUUUAACCUUUGAUUUGAUACCAAAAGGGACAGAUGAUGUAUGUAAAUUUUAUUUUGCAAGAAGGGGUGUUGGCUAAUCAUAAGUAUUAUAAAUCUUUGCUUAAAUUAAACCACUCCAGCCCACUUAUUUUUCACCUAUCAUUACUAUCAAGCCAUGCAAUGCCUUCUGAUUUUGUAUUAUUGAUAAGCAUUCUAUUACUUGACUUCAUAAUUAACUUUUUUGAUUUGGUAAGAUUGUAAAAAGAAGACUAAGGUAUUUUAAAUUGUGAAUCUGCUCAAAGUUUUGAUAUGGAUUGCUUAAUGGAGAGAAAAAGUAACAAAAUACACAAAUUUGCGAUAUGUGAUACUAGUAAUAUCAAGCAUUGGACUUUUUUUCAAGCAUUGAGAAAUGUUUUGAAAUUUAACACUCCUUUUCUUUUCUAUAAAUGUUAAACCAGACUAAAAUCUGAAAAGUUUUUGCGUGUUUCAUAAAGAAUUUUGGUUUAUAAUUUUAUUCAUUAAAGGACUUUUUACUUCCCCUGUUAUCAACCUUAAUUUUCUUGUAAGUUUUUUUUCUAUUAACAAAUAUAUUAUUCAAUAUUAAAAAUGUACCAUUAAAAAAUCGUAAUUGUUUGACAUGUUCUGAUAUGAGAAAAUACAAAAAUGUUAACAUAUAUUUGAAAGACAUGACUUUAAGACUGUGCUUAGAGAGUUUAGCAGAUGACACAUUUUAGCUUGCUUCUCUAAUUUUAUUCAUUUAUUCAUAUCUUUUUUAAACAGGAAGAUCUUAAAGCUUGAGGAAGAAUUCAUUGAAAAAGUGUGCAAGGAAAUCAUUGCACUCAAGCCUGACCUUGUUAUUACAGAAAAGGGUGUUUCAGACUUGGCACAACACUAUUUGGUUAAGGAAAACAUCACCGUCAUUAGAAGAGUUAGAAAAUCUGACAACAACAGAAUUGCAAGGUAAUAGUUGUAGAAUUUCUAGUUAAUUUUCGGGGGUUUUUUAUGGUAGAUCAUCAAUGAGCAUCAUUCCAUUUGGCUAACAGUAACAGCAGUGUGUUAGGGAGUCACACUGCAAAAGAGGGAGGACUACAAAAGGCCAACUUUAGCUAGGAGUCAAGGUUCUCCUACAAGAAGUGCAGCCGAGACUGCCAUUACGGGGCAUAAGGGCACUGACCAUCAAAUUUAAAUUUAUAGCAUUCUUAAAUAUAUUUUUUCAUUCCUAUGCACUGUGUCCGGAAAAAGUGGAAUCCUUUUUAUAAUGAUGAUCUCUAACCAGAGAAAUAAGCACCGGGGCACCACAAGGCUGCGUUAUCUCUCCUGUACUGUAUACAAUAUAUACAAAUGAUAUUCAAAGCUCAACCAACACCGUUCCAAUCUUCAAAUUUGCUGAUUAUACCACGAUUGUUGGCUUAAUACCUGAAGGAGAAGGCCUAUACCGUAACUUAAUAACAAGCUUUAUCAAUUGGUGCGAUGAAAAUUUUCUCCAGUUGAAUGUCUCAAAAACAAAAGAAAUGGUUGUUGAUUUCAGGAGGGGGAAACACCUGAUUACAGAUCUCAACAUAAAAAAUCAAAAUGUGGAGAAAGUUGGGGCAUACACGUACUUAGGUGUCAGCAUUAAUAAUAAGCUAACAUGGCAUGAGCACGGCCAAAUCCUGUAUAAGAAAUUCAACCAAAGACUGUUCUACGUCAAAAAACUGUACAAUUUUGGCGUAAACAAGCAAGUCGUUAACUUAUUCUACAGUGCAACUAUUAGAAGCCUGCUUAUUUUCAGUAUUACCUGCUGGGGUGGAAAUUCAACAUCUGAUAUUAAACACCGCAUAAACCGACUAAUCAAGAAAACUAAAAACAUAACACAAACUAAACAUCCUUCACUUGAAGAACUAUUUGAAGAAAGAUGUUUUUGCAAAACUAAACACAUUUUGGAUGAUACAUCCCACCCUCUUCAUCACAGAUGUUUAGGAUCGGGCCAUUCAGGACGAAUUCUUUCCAUCAGAGCGAGGACUGACCGAUAUAAAAAUUAUUUUGUUCACCAAUCUGUACAAAUUUACCGGCAUGCUUCCUCUGAAGUCACACAUCUGAAUGAGAACUAAUAAGUCCCCGAUUUUGCUAAGAGAACUCACUGAAAGGCUUUUUGAAAUAAUUUAUUAUAAAUGUCUUGUGUUCAAAUUGUUUUAUUUAUGUGCUGAAAAUGUAUAACACAAUCAAAAAACAUUUCCAUAUAUUUGGAUCAAUAAAAGAAUCAUCUCAUGAAAACUAAUUUAUCAAAAUUUUAAAUUUCAAAACUCAUUUAACUUCUAACAUAAUUUUAAAUUUUAUUAAACUGUAGUUUGUGUUUUAAGAGUCCACCAUUAGUUUCAUCAAGAUGCACCAAUCAUCAUCAAAAGGGUUCCCUUUUUUCCAAUCGCUGUAGUUAAAUUUACCUUGGUCUUUAGGCUUCAUUCUUUUUUUUUUUUUUUUAUAUUAAAGUUAUAAUUUUUUUUACCUUUUCUAUAGCUUGUGGAGCUACUAUUGCUAACAGAACUGAUGAACUGAAGGAAGAGGAUAUUGGUACGGGAUGUGGUUUGUUUGAAGUCCAGAAGAUAUCUGAUGAGUAAGUGUGCAUUAGAAAAUAGUGUUUUUAUUUUUGAGUAUGUGUUUUCUUUUAUAUAAAUUGGAAAUCCAACAGCAGUCCUUUUCUUCCUUAAAUAUGUCACCAACCCACUACGACAGGGGUCGGGAACCUAUGGUUCACGAGCCAGAUGAGGCUCUAUUGAUGGCUGCAUCUGUCUCGUAGACAAAUGUUCGAUUAUAAAAAAAGUCGCAUUAAUGGUAAGAAAUACUCAUUAUUGAUUAGCAACAAUGUUAUUAAAAAGAAUUCAGACAUAAUUAUUGCAGUUUUAGUGUUGAAAUUACACAAAAUGCACACAUUUACUUGAAUUUUUAGUUUUAAACAUAAUGUAUGGCUCUCACAGAAUUACUUUUCAAAAUAUGUGGUGUCAUGGCUGUCUCAGACAAAAAGGGUUCCCGACCCCUGAGCAUUCAUUAAAAAAAAUUUGUACUAAUCUUUUCCUGUAAUUUCAUCCCCACCUCCCCUUGUCACAAUCUUUCCAUCUCAUCACCCCUACGUUGCCCAAUCAUUUUCAUAACACUCAGCAUUUUUCCACAUUAACACCAUCUAAUCCCCUAUUCUCUCCUGCAGGCUGCUCCACCUUAGAACAAUGUAAACCCAUGCAUUCCUCUCAUCCCUAUCAUCCCCAAUCCUUACUCCUUUAAACCCUCCUCUCACCCCAAUAUCUUAUCUUACCUCUCAAUCCUUUCUCAUCCGAUCCCCCUACCAGCUGCCUUCAUACUACCAGUUUAACAUAAAUAUUAGUGAAAAUAUUUUUACAUUUAAAAACUCUUAUGUUUUAAUUACAACACAUUCAAAUUAUUACUCUUAUCCUUUUAUUGAUAUUUAUACCACUAUCCCUUGUAAUUUUAUUUUAAUUAUGCAUUAAUUUUUUUUAAAAAGGCCUCAAAAUGAAGAUAAGAAUCAUAAAAAAAAAAUAUUUAAAUCUGUUCCUUGAGAGUCAUAGAAGUAAGCAUUAUUAAUAAUUUUGGAAAAAUAAUUGAACACAUAAAAGAUAGUGAAGCAGAUAGUGAUUUGAUAUCUUAGACAUUACUUUUACUUCAUUUUGUUCUCCAUGAGAUUAAAAUUGACUUGCAAAUGUAUUAUUUUCUCAGAUACUUUACGUUCCUAACUGAAUGUAAAAAUCCAAAAGCAUGUACCAUACUUCUUCGUGGUGCCAGCAAAGAUAUCCUUAAUGAGGUUGAAAGGAACUUGCAAGAUGCUAUGAAUGUUGCACGAAAUGUCAUGGUGGAACCUUACCUUGUACCUGGAGGAGGUGCAACAGAGAUGGCUAUCGCCCAGGUUAAUUUAGCAUUCAAUUAUAUUUCUUUCAACCCUUAAAUUGGCACAUUAACCUUACUUUUACACACGUUAGAGUUUGAUAAAUAACUUUUUUUUUAGCUUAAGUUCCAUACACAUUUUAAUUCUUUUUUUUUUUUUAAUUUCAGCUUUUAAAUGAAAGAGCUAAAAGCAUUACUGGAGUGCACCAGUGGCCAUAUCGUGCCAUUUCUAGAGCUUUAGAGGUUAUUCCUCGUACACUUAUUCAGAACUGUGGUGCUAAUACUAUCAGGACACUUACUGCCAUCAGAGUGAGUUUUUUUUUUUGCAUUCAUUUCUUUGCCUUAUUUAAUCAACAACUGAAACAUUUUAAAAUGAGAUAUUGCUGUGGAGCUCUGAUUUUAAUGGCUUGCAAGAUUCACUUUUUAUGUCUGUCUAAAAAAAAUCAAAUAAUGGUGUUAAUUGGGUAAUGGUGAGCAAUCCCAUCGCCUCAAUGAAAAGUGAACCCCUUUUCUCUGUAUAAUUACUUUUAAUUGAAGUCGCAGUAGUAAAAAGUAUUUUAAACAUAAAAAUACUGAUGUCAUCAACUUAUUUAUGCCUACAGUGACUUGCUGCUUAUGUAGUUUUAAAAAUUAAUUACAAACCUGCCAAACCAUCCGAUUAUGUCGGAAUUAUACAGAUUUUUUUAUCCCUCAUUCCCACAAACCAGCUAAAAUUCUCAUUUUCCGAAUGUCUGGUUUUUUCACCCAUUAUAAAAAUCCGAAAGCGACAUAAAAUACAUUUUUUUAAAUACGAAAUUGGGUACGACCGGAAGUGGUGCAUUUCGAUGAUGCCACUUCCUUUGUUUUUACGAACUGUCUACAUGUCCGGCCACUGAACAAAUAAGUUCUCGAAAUAUUUUUCCGGCUAUUAAAUAUUUAACCAAGUCACAUGUCGUAACAAAGUUGCGCGAGAUAUUUAUCCAUCGGCCUUAUCAUGAAGGAAAUAUUUCUCUAGCCAACUCCCAUAGUUUUAAUGCCAAAGUCAAAGAAAUGUUUCCAGUCUCGCAGUUUACUAGAAGAUAGUGAAGAAAAAUACCCUCAAUCUCUUAAAAUCCAACAAUAUCAUCAUAAAAUCGUUCAAUACAUUAACUUAAUAGUAAAAAAAACACACAGUAUAUAUUUAGUGCACACACCUCAAAAUCGUACAUUGUAUGCCAAAAUCGUAAGAGUAAACAGGUCUGAAAUUACAAUGACAAUGAAACGCAAGCUUCUAACUUGCUUGCGACUAAAAUCAGUUGCAAUGCUAACCUUCAGUUGUCCAAAGAGCUGUUGGACAAGUGAAAAAGGGCCACUAGGGAUAUACUGGAAACCUGAACUCUUAGCAGCCUUUGUACAUAUUUAAAUAACAUCAAUAUUCUGUCCUGUAUAUAUCUGUAUAUAAACAUUUCCAGUAAUGUCUUUUUUUUGUGUUCUGUGGACUCUUCAAAGAAAAUGGAGGUAACUUGAUAUUUCUUUAUUUCCUAAAAAAAAAGUCUUGUGCAUUAGUAUGUAGAUCUUAAACCAAUGUGCAACCCCUACAGAUUUUUUUUUCUUGGCAGGUCUGUAAUUUUUACUGGGGGAAAAAAGAAUUGGAAAAGUUUGUGUGUGUAAAUAUAUGAAUUUUUUCUUCAUUUGAAUAAGGCACCACAUAAUCUGCUAUAAUACAGUAGUAAUAUUUAUAAUAUUUAAAAAAAACUAAGCAUGCCUCGUCUGGAUUUUUGGUAAUAAGCUGCAAGUUCUAUACUCUAAUAAUGCACCAGUGGUUUAAUUAUCAGUCUUCUGCCGUUAAAGGGAGCUUGAGCCUAAGAAUGGGACCACACCAGGAAGUCUUCGUGCCACCUUUCACAUUGAAUGAUUUUGAGCGGCACUAUAUAAGUGCACGUCAGCAAAAGCACCAGGCCCAUACAAAAUACACAAUGAAAUGAUCACCCACUUGGGUAGAAAAAUGAAGAAAAAGUUGUUGGAUCUCUCUCACCUGCUAGUCAAAACCAAUUUAAGUCCAACUGGCCGAGCCGCACUCACGUUGCUAAUGAGUCUCAAAAACCGUGAUUUUCCGACUCGGUCAUGGGUUGUGAUUUAAAUGCAUACAAAAAUAUUUUGUUAUGUAAAUCCUUGUCUGCGCUCUAAGAUUCUUGUGAACAGGAAAAUAGCCUUACUUAUCAGGUUCAUGUCUUUUGAGACAAACCAAAGAGAUGUCAAGAGUAAAUUAACCAAAUAUUUAUACACAUCUUUAUUCUUUUAUAGAUACAAUCAUGUCAACAUAAGUUCAUUCUCUUCUUGAGUUGUUUGAUAUAUAGUAUACAGUGCCCCUAGUAAGGUCAGCUGGUGUGAGCUUCUCUCCACCUGAUAUAUAGUGCCCCUAAUAAGGUCAGCUGGUGUGAGCUUCUCUCCACCUGAUAUAUCCUUACAUCCCUACAAGACAACUACAUUCUUCCAUUGACAGUAGAACCCUCUCAAUCCCAAGAACCAAAACUAAGACCAUUGGUGAACGCUCCUUCUGCUUCCAUGGGCCCACGUUCUGGAACCAGCUCCCCUUCCAUAUCCGUCAUUGUGAAACCUCGUCCAUUUUCAAAAAGUCCCUUAAAACUCAUCUGUUUAGGUCCGCCUAUGACCUGUGAUGCACCCUCCUUGCCCUGCCUCAUUUUCUGUUUCGGGUUGAUCCUGAAGUAUAGGCCAAAACGUGUCAAAGUGUCCUCGUUUUAUAGCCAUUUUCAUUGUUUCUAUAGAAUAGUAGUUACUAUCCUAGUGUCUCAUUUUUAUUUUACUUAGUUUACAUGUUUUUAAUAAUUGUAAAGCGCUUAGAGCUUUAUGGUAAGCGCUAUAUAAAAAUGCCUAAAUAAAUAUAUAGUGCCCCUAAUAAGGUCAGCUAGUUUGAGCUUCUCUCCACCUGAUAUAUAAUAAUAAUAAUAAAUUUCAUUUCAAAAACACGCUUCAUCCCCAAAGGCUCGAAGCGCGGUACAAAGUCAACAAAAAAAAAAUCUUAAUUUACCACAUUUAAAACAAACGCAACACUAAAAAAACUAAUUACAAGCAUACAAUGGCAAAGUCUUUCUAGCCAUUUCAACCAUAAGCAACACAGCCAUUAUGCAUUAACUGGGAAAUAAGGUAGACAAUCAUCCCAGAAGGUGUUUGCGAAAUAGAUGUGUCUUUAAAUCGGUUUUAAAGGACUCCAGUGUCUGGUUGUUUCUCAGAUCGACAGGAAGGGCGUUCCAAAUUGUUGGACCAGCAAAUGCGAAAGUGCGCUUUCCGUAAGUCUCAAGGCAAACACGUGGUGUCGAGAGUUUGCCACUAUCGGAUGAGCGGAGCUCUCUAAUGGGUACAUAAGGCGUCAGCAGCUCUUUCAGAUAGGACGACGCCAGGUCAUGUAAGCAACGGUAGCACAAAGUUGCGAUUUUGUACUCUAUGCGAGCACGCACCGGCAGCCAGUGCAACUCUCUCAGAAGUGUUUUUGCAUGGUCGAACUUGCGUUUGCGGAGAACAAUGCGAGCCGCAUUAUUCUGUGCUAUUUGAAUUUUAUCCAGGAGCGUAGCUGGAAGACCCACCAUGAGAGCAUUGCAAUAGUCCAUGCGUGAUAGCACAAAUGCAGCCUCUUUGUUGCAUCAAUUGUUAGGAAGGGCCUGAUUGUGGUGAUCUGACUUAUGACUUAUUAGAGAGGAGUGUCUCUCGUAUGAGAUCUCCUCUUGGCACUCUGUCUAGGGAUAUGUUAUUUAAGCCGAAUAACCACACGGACAUAACACCUAUCUAUAUACAUAUAGUAUAGACUGAAACGAAGUCUUAGUUAAAGGUGAAAUUAACUACAAAUAUUUAUUACACAAUAAUAUUUACAACUUCCUACGUGAAACACUCGUGGUGCUCAAUGUAUAUACAUCAAACGGAUUUCAUCCAAUUAGAAAGGUAUAUUAACACAAAGCAAGUGUCCCUAACAUACAUGCGGUAUCAUCAUUACUACUGCUAUAUUGCUCAAGUUCUAUGCUCGUUCUUGGUAAACUUAGCCUUUAUAGAUUCUGUGAUGGUCUCGGUGGAUCACACAGUGUGGGAGUCCUUCUGUUCAAGAAGCAGUGUCCCUGUUCCGGCCUUCGGUGCUGUUCUGAGCGUAGCGAAGUCGGAGUUCCCGGUCGUAGAGUCCUUGGGAUGUCUGCGAGGGGAAGAUGACUCUCCCGCGAUAAAUCGUGGUGGUGAGAGUCCCUGGAUCUCGAAGUCCUAGCUGUCAGGUAGUUUGGUGUAGGAUGUAGAUCAUCCCCUAGUUCCAGCUCGAGGUAAGUCGGUCCAGUAGUAGAAACCAGGCUAAAGGCAAAAUGAUACAAAAUUGGAUAAGUAUCCAGGCGAAUAUCCAUAAGCUGAUAAGUCCCGUUCCAACAGCAACGAAUUCAGAUCGAUGUAUGGAAGGUGACAUAGCUAGUGCAUAUACAUCCAAAUGGUGGAUGUGAUUAUAAGUCUUGUCAUUGUCGGCGGGAGCAUAUGUUGCAUCGCGACAAUGUUAGACCACUCAAACAUUUUAAUUAAUGACAUGUGGGACAUGGUAUCAAUAACAAUCUUUAAAUUUACAGGCCCAUAAUAUACAUAUUGUCUUCUCGUUAAGAGGGACAUGGGCGAGUUGGAACAACAACCUACCAUCCCCAUGAUGGGAUGGCCGCAUGUCGAAGCCCACAGCAAAAACAAUAAUAUAAUCCAUAAUAUCAAUAUAAAGUGAAUAUAGGCAUUAUUGAAAUAGGAUCAACCACGAUCGAAUAUUUGCGACAUAGCGAAUGAACAAUACAAGUGCAAUACCAAAAUCAUGGUUGCGUACUUACUAGUACUCCAGGUAGCAGUUGAAGUUAAGUAUCACGCCAGUGAAGUGCUAAGUCUAGAUCACUUCAAGCGUCCACAAUCAAGUGAUCAGAUCUUAAAGUCAUGUACUUGCUAAUAUCCUAGGAUGCAGUUAUGUACCAUGCUGACGAAGUUCUGAGUGCAGAUCCUUCCAGCAUUCACCGUCAAGUGAUCAGAUCAUAAAAGGCAGAAUCUUGCUUGUUCGGGCUAUUUAUUCGAGUUCGAUGACGAUUAGCUGAUGGUUCAAUUGGGUGAUUCACAUGAGGGGUCAAUUUUCCAUCCAAUGAAAAUCACUUUCACUGUUGCGGGUUUGACCUUCAACCCUCAAGGUUAAUCGGACUGAGGUGACCAUCCUUUUUCAGGCUUUGGCGUGAGUUCUCUGUCUAGACAAUGCAUUUCCAGCAAGGGACGAUACUCCGCCUUGCUGUCUACAGGGCAAAAAUGAGGGGGGGAAUGGUAUUAUUUCCUCAAGGUUGUUCGGUGGGAUGGUUGACCGCAAAUAGCAUGUUCGGGGGGUGAGCGAACUGGUGCAGGAAUGUGAUAUCACAAGGGAACUCACUCGUUCAGAGCGACUUCGGGGCAACUUGAGGGGAGGGAAAGGAGUUAUUAUACAAGGGUUUCCAAGGGCGGCUUUACGAUAUAAGAAAUUUUACAAAGUCCAGCCUCAGAUCGUCACACUGAUGUGACUAAUCCUGCGCAGCUCCAGAAAAAUCGCCUUGCAUAGCAUGUUAAUAUGACUUUCAAAAGUUAGUCUUCUAUCUAGGUAGACACCCAGGUACCGCACUGUUAGAGCUAACUCAAUACACACACCUGAGAGAGUAAUGGAUGUUGUGUUAUUUGCAGAUUUCUGCUUCUGAGCGGUCGCAAUGGGGAGCAGCUCAGUCUUAUCAUCAUUUAAUUUGAGCUUGUUAAUGGUCAUCCAGUGCUUUACCGACUCCAUUGUCUUCUGUGUCAUACUGAGCAGCUGAGGGAACUGAGAAGGGAUCACAGAUUGAUGAAGUUGUGUAUCGUCCGCGAACAUGUGAUACAACAUGUCAAACUGCCUGAUCUCUGCACCCAGGGGCUGAAUGUACAUCGUGAAAAGCACCGGGCCUAGGACCGAGCCCUGGGGUACUCCGAAUUCGAUAUUAGAUUUCUUCGAGGUCAAGCCGUUUGAAAUUACUGACUGGACCCGAUUAGUGAGAUACGAUCGGAACCAACACAGGACGGUAUCAGUGAGACCGAACGUUUGUUGCAGACGCUGGAGCAGUAUGCCGUGGUUGAGCGUAUCGAAAGCUGCCGAUAAAUCGAGUAAAGACAAAAUCGAUACCCGGCCCUCAUCAGAAGACGACAGAAGGUCGUUUACGACGCGCAACAGAGCUGUCUCAGUAGAGUGAUGCACCCUGUAUGCUGAUUGGAAUGGUUCAAACAAGUCAAACUGAGUGAGGUGAUCCAGGAGUUGGCGGAGAACGACUUUUUCUAAGAUUUUAGAAAUAAAUGGUAGAUUUGAGAUGGGGCGGUAAUUUUCCAUCACAUUUGGGUCAAGAUUUGAUUUCUUUAAUAGUGGAGUGACGAUCGCCUCUUUAAAAGAUGAUGGAACAAUACCAGUAGCUAAGGACUGAUUUAUGAUAUAAGUGAUGAUGGGGACUAUUUCAUCCAGACAUUCAUACAAGAGCCCUGCUGGAAGAAGGGUCAAGCGAACAUGAAUACGGCGCCCCUAAUCAGGUCAGCUAGAGUGAGCUUCUCUCCACCUAAUACCCACUUGUUGGCCAUAUUUUCAACGUUUGAAAGACAAACCCCAAAAUAUUCUCUGGUUGAAUCUAACUUAUAUUCACCUUUUUCUUCUAAUUUAGGCAAAGCAUUCACUACCUAAUAAUACAACAUGGGGUAUUGAUGGUGCUACUGGAAACAUUGUUGAUAUGAAAACUUUUGGUGUCUGGGAACCCAUAUCUGUCAAACAACAAGUGUACAAAACAGCCAUUGAGGUAUGAGAGGAAACAGUUAUUUAAAGCUUUCAAGAUAAUAAUGUUGGUUGAAGAUUGCUUUUUAAUAGAAAAAUAUUAAUGCUUUGAGGGUAGAAUUUUUAAAUUAAAUUGAGAGUAAUAUGUUUUUAACAAAAUUAAAUUGAGAGUAAUAUGGUUUUUUUUUAAAUUGAGAGUAAAAUGUUGUGUUUUUAAAUUGAGCGUAAAAUGUGUUUUUUUUAAAUUGAGAGUAAAAUGGUUUUGAAAACGUAUUUUCCGUUCAUGUGCAGACUGCCAUCCUGUUGUUACGCAUUGAUGACAUUGUAUCAGGUGUGAAGAAACAAGGAGGGGACUCUCACUCUGCUCCACAACAGGCACAAGCAUCUGAAGGACCAGAACAGUGAUGAGGCCGACUUGUGCAUUGUCAUUUUUGCUAUUUCACAUUUGUAAUGCAUCCCUUUUUCAUACAGUUGAGUUAGCUUGAACUUUUUGGGAGAUGUAUUCAAAGUAUUUAAGCAAUGAAAUGGAUGUCUGUGUGUGUGUGUUUACUGUUCUGCUUCUGUGAUUAGCUCAUCAUUUUCAAUUUUAUUCUUAUUAGCAACUUUUCUUACAGCAUUUGAUACUUUAGUUAUGGUACAUUUUAAAGUAUAUGCAAUUUAUGGUUUUUCUCAGAGGAAUCACUCUAAUUAAUAUUGUUUAAAAAUUUUUGAAGAAAUUACAAUAAAUUGAAAUCCAUAAAUUUUCUAGGAACAAAUGAAUAGUUAAUUGUUUUAUAUUUGUGUACUUUCAUUUGAACAAAUUUUAAGGAAAUUUUGAUUUGGCUCCAGGAUAUAAUAAUUUGUACUUUCCAUACUCAGUAUUUAAAAACGUUCUUAAUAAAAUAAAAUCAUUUUUUAAUAAUUUCUUUUCACUUUAAAUUUUACUGUUUUUUUUUAAUUAAAAAAGGUGUUUUUGCAUUGUUGCUUAGCAAUGUUAGUGGUUUUAAGAUACUCUGCUGAAGCUGUGUUUCCCAACAUUUUCUGUACUCUUCAUCCCUGAGUAACAACGUAUUGUUGAACUAAGUCUGGCAUCCCCUUCUAAAGUAAUGAUGCAUUUUAAAACUGGAAAAAACAGGACUAGCGUUUUUUAAAUUGCAUUACAAUUACCAUGAGAUUUGUAGAACUUAAAAAUAUAAGCUUGUGACUUAUUACAAUUAGUAACAUGUUAAUUUUAUUUUUAAAAUAUAUAUAUACAAAUAUUUAUAUGCAAAAGUCCUUGCCUCCUCUGUCUUGUAAUCUUUUCGUGGCACACCCUUAUACUUAUAUGCAACCUUGCACUCCCUGGAACUUGAGGUGCUCGCACUGUUGAGAAAUCCUGGUCUAAGGAUUUCCAUUUUAUAUUAAUAUAUUGGUCUGUCUUUAAUACUAAUAGUAAUUUUGCUUAGCUUCAGGUUUGUUCUCAACAAUUGUGUAACACAAGCUUUAAAGAUAAAAUUCACCUUUUCCUAGGAGUUUUGAUUACUUAUGUGAAUGGUCUUCUGAUUAUUUUCUUUUAAUUCAGUGCAAGCGCAAGCUCCAAGCUAUUAUUGAAUUAAAAGAAAUUUUAAAAAAUAAAUUUAUAAAUUAUAAUCAAAUACAUAUAAUAUUUAUUUCAAAUGAAAUAAGGCACUAUGUUUAAGGCUACAUACACAUAAGACAUUCACAUAGUGAUAUCACCAGAACAUAAGUCAUCUAUUCUUGCCCAUUUUUGUAUGUUGUCAUACAAACAAGAGAGCACAAUUAUUGUUAGCACUUAUAAUGUAACAAACAAAUAGCUGCAACACACUAUUAAAAAAUAUUAGAAAUAUGUUGUCUGAUUCCUGAUUUAGUUAGUACUCGCCUUUUUUAAACAUCAGUUUGAAACCUCAC